GUGCCUGGAGGAGCCUGGAGCUCGCGUCACCAUGGAAGCGCUCAGUUUGCGACAUGUAUUCGCCAUUUUGCUGCCUCGGUGUGUAUGUGUGUGUGUGUGUGGGAUCCUCUCGGUGUGAAUACCUCAGUAGCCUUUAAACAUUCAACACUCUAGAUACCAGUUAAAACAACCCUGGAAAAUGCCCGCAUGUAAACAACAAUAACCACGACGGUACGACAUGGAAAUUCGGACGACGUAAUGUUACAUAGUCUCCUCGAGCGUCAACGAAAAGCAGCAGUGGAAAUGCGAGACUGACAAACACAAGAGUGGUUUUCCAUCACCAACCACUCAGGAUGAAAGCUCAAAGAAAAGAAGAGGAAUAUUACUGUCCUCCCAGACUUGUGUUUGCUCCUACGCCUUCUCAAAUCUGACCACAUCCAGAAGAUCACCAAUAAUGAUACUUGGAUUGAUCUCCCAGGAGUUACACGAGCAGCUUCUGGACCACAGGAAUUACCAAAACCGGACUAAUGGGGUGGAGGAACUCAAACAGAUCCUGUCAGAUGUGGACAUGCAGACAGUCCCAUCUGACAGUGUUGAGGAGUUCAUCAGUUUUCUCCCCCGCCUUCUGGAUGAUAGUAAUUUUAAAGUAUUGUAUGGCACCUUGCAAGUUUUAAAUUUACUCAUUCAGAAGCUAGACACAAACUUAGAUAAAUACUUUAAACAGAUAGUUUUAGUGGCUCUCAAGGCCCUAGGGGACACUCGCACCGUCACCAGGAAUGAAUAUAUGAAUGUGUUUCGACACCUGAUGAAAACUGUUGCACCACAACAAAUAUUGGAUCUUGUUAUGGGCAACUUGAAGCACAAAAAUUCGAGGAUUCGAGAAGACGUCCUUAACAUCAUCAUAGCAGCUAUGCUUACUCACCCCAGGAAAGAUUUUAACAUCCCUAAACUUUGUCUUGAGGUUGCACCUUAUUUGGCAGACAGCAAAAGGAAGGUCCGCCAUGCUGCCCUUGAGCUGUUUGCUGUCUUUGACUAUUGCCUUGACACAGGGAAAAAGCAGCCUCUAAUGAAAGCUGUAGACAUGGUCGAGCUCAAUGAGGAUGCUGAGGGUCUUAUGGCAGCUGUACAGGCAAGACGAGCAAGACGUGUUCUUCCAAAACUCUCAUCAGAAGGGGUUGUGGAAUAUGCCUUGGUGGUACCCAAACCUGGGCAGAGGUGCUCAAUGCAGAGCCCUGGAGCUGAUCUGGACUGGGUGAUGAACGGAGGGCGGAUAAGCAGUGCAAGGAGCAACAGAACUGAACCAGACUGUAACCGACUGUAUGGCUAUGGCAGCCUUGGAUCCCUCACAGAUGACCUUCCGCUUCAAAGGAGGAUUGUCAGUGCAGGGAAAGGGAAGAACAAACUCCCCUGGGAAAUGAUGAGCCUCUCAUCCACUGAGAAUGACCAGCAAUGUAACACACCUAAUGGAAAGUGCGCUGAACAGGUUACCAGUGAGGAUUUCCUUCCCCUGUCCAGGAAGCUGAGCCCAGAGACCUACAUACCCAGUUUUAGUUCUGCAGAGCCUCAGAGGCCCCAGUCCUCCAGAAGGAAGGACUCCCCUGCACGCCUUAGAAGGAGUGGAAGCCUUAACUUAGACCAAGACAUCUUUAAGACCACCAACUUCUCUGAACCAGAUGUUGCUGCACCUAAGGCACGCCUUUUGUCAAGGAAUCCCAGUGUUGAACGCACCUUUUCCCUUCCCGCAAACCCCACUUCACCUGGCUCAUUUUUACUGCCAUCUUAUCCACUGGCCACACUCCCAGGUGGCAUGCUCACACCAACACUGUCACGUCGCCAUGUCGACUCCUCUCUCUCUAUGUCCAACACUUGGCCCAACAAAAGGGACAGCAGUCCCCACCAGCGAGACACUAGCCCUUGGCGAGAUACAGCAAGCACCACAAAGGAAGAUAUCUCUAGCAGGUGUUCUCCCCGGCCUAUUCGUGCCUCUCUUGUGAGCUCCUCUUCCACUUCGUCAUUUCGCCGAGCUCUGAGUAGCACGAGGACAAGCCUCUCUGUCUCGCCAGUUGUACCUCCAGCAGAACAGAACCAGUCGCUUGAUGGCCACAAGUCCACUGUACCAGGCAGUCCUCCAAACCAGCAGAUAGAAAGUGAUCUUCAUCUGGAUCCUGUUAACAAUAAUACACUUCAAAAUCCUCCAGAUGAUGAUCUGGACAUGCAAGAGAUGCUGAACUCACUGCGCUCAUUGCGCAACAGUGCUGCAAAGAAGAGGGCCAAAGCGAACCUUAGCAGUUCAGACCCAGAUAGCCCAGACUCAGCUGUGAGGUUAGACCUGGCUCUAGAUUCACCAUCACACACUCCUCCGAUGCUUACAAGUUCAGCAAGUGAGAGUGGGCUCUCCAGCUUAAGUUCAGCUGCAAACUACAACUUCAAUGGCAUCAAAACCAGUCCCAGAAAUACUGCCUCUGUGGGAAUGAAACCUCGCAUUGCAAGAGUGCCUUCUGCAAGAAUGAGAUCUUCUGUGUCCAUGGACUUCAGCAGCCUUCAAGGAUUGUCUCAGAGAAAUGAGCUGGUGUCUGAUGUAGGUGUUGUGGGGCAUUCAUUUACAUACUCAAAUGGAACAAUGAGAACAGAAGAAGAGAACUAUACAAGAGGUCCCUCCCCUCCAUUGAUAAAACCAGUCAGAGGUCUAAAACCUGCCAAAGGAUCUCAGAGCCACAGUAGCAGAAACUCACCAGCUAUAGACAUGCCUGAAGGAGUCAUUGGACGAGGUAUGUUUGGGACUGCAGUGUCCUCCAGCCGUCCAGGAGUUUCAUUGUCACUUGAGCAGGGUGAUUUGAUGGCUAACUCUCCCAGCGAUCCCUCUGCAGGCAUCUACAGCAAUACUUUCUCUGGUCCUUACCUAGACAGUGAUGACAGCCCGCGUCCUGAUGGGGUAAAGAGGAAUACAAGGUUUAGCAGGGACAAGAUGAGGCUGCAUCAUUUGGAUCAGCCAGAGGGCCACAGUCAAGUAGACCAAACACGAGAGAAAAUACGCCACCGGGUCCAACAGAUGCUGUCGGAUUCAUCCACAGAGGAUAACAGACUAUUAAUCAUUAAAGAUCUGCAUUUGAAUGGCAGCACAUUGACUUCCACCAAAGCAGACCUGCUCUCUGAUGAAUCCCACAUCAGCUCCACCAGUCCUGUCAGCCCACCAGGACUCCAAAGCCCCAUCAAGUGCUUCACUCCACCCCACCAGCCAAGCCCACCCACAGUACCCCCAAACCCCAAAAACACUUCUCGUCUUAGGAGGGCACCUAGCCUCAGCAGGACCCGACCUUCUCUAUCCCACAGCUCAGAUGAGCUGUCUCCUGGUUCUGUGGGCCACAAGAAAAAUCUCUCCGAGCCUCCUGAACUGUGUCCAUUUUCCAAACCUGACCUGGCACUGACACAGAGCUUUAAACUUCUGAGCUCAGAGGACUGGGAGAAAAAGAUAGAAGGUUUGACGUUCCUGCGCAGUCUGGCCCACUUCCACUCAGACACACUCCAGGGUAGAGUUCAUGAUGUCUGCCUGUCUCUCAUUCAAGAGGUGAAGAACCUGAGGUCAGGUGUGUCCAGAGUUGCAGUGUGCACGUUGGGGGAUCUUUACAGCCACCUGCAGAGGGGUAUGGACCAGGAGCUGGAGGGGACAGUGAAAGCCUUACUGCAUAAGGCCGGGGAGAGUAAUGCCUUCAUCAGGCAAGAUGUGGAUGCAGCACUGGACUGUAUGGUGCAGCACUGCACCCCGUCUCGUAGCAUCAGUGCUUUACUCACUGGAGGACUCAGUCAUCUCAAUGCAGUGGUGAGGAAGUGCACUGCCCAGCAUCUGUCGAAUCUGGUAGAGAAGGUCGGCGCUGCCCGUCUCCUGUCCGGAGGUAAAGAUCUCACAGACAGGAUCUUGCCUGCCGUCACUAAGCUUGCACAAGAUUCUUCACAGGAAGCCAGGUACUUUGGUCGUCGGAUGCUGCUGUCCCUGUCCUGCCACCCUGACUUUGACAAAAUCCUUGAGAAGUAUAUUCCAACCAAAGACCUGCCAACUGUCAGAGACACUGUCCUCACUCUUAAGACUAAGGGUCUUGGUGAAAUGCCACAAGACAACCAGUCAGCCAGGGGUAGACGUUCCCUCCCAGGCAGUGGUACAGUCAGAGCUUCAUCUCUCACCAGAGAGCCUUUGAAUCAGACCAAUAGGGAAUCCAAUAGCCAUUACAGCUGUAGAUCUCAGCCACAGAGUAUCGCUGACAAGACUGAAUACAUCAAGCAGAUCUCAGGUCUGCUGGGUUCAAAAGACUUUCGCGAGAGGAUCAAGGGAAUCGACCAGCUAGUAUCAGACUGCCAGCACAAUCCUAACAUGGUUAUUAAUAGCAUGUUUCCAGUGUUUGAUGCCUUCAAAUUAAGGUUGCAGGAAUCAAACAGCAAGGUCAACCUGUAUGCGCUCGAGUCACUCCAGAAAAUCACCCACUUGUUGAAGGAUAACUUAUCCCAGGUGGUAAAUAUCCUGGUCCCAGCGAUUGUGGACAAUCACCUCAACUCUAAGAACAACGCCAUCUACUCUGCUGCUAUUGGAGCUAUCAAUGCACUUACCUUAAAUCUCGAUAACGUACUCCUCCUUCAGCCAUUUUGCACCAAGGCUCAGUUUUUAAGCGGCAAAGCAAAGGUGGAUCUUAUUGAAAAGGUUGCAGAUCUUGUGACAGAGCUCUACCCUCGCAAGCCCCAAAUGGUGGAGCAGAAAGUCCUGCCCUUGCUGUGGCACCUCCUGGGCACCUCUACCCACAGUGGCACAAUUCAUGGUCGGGGCGGCAGCGUGCGGGGGGCUACCGUCAACCUGUGCCAAGCUCUUUAUGCCCAGAUGGGACCCAGCCUGACAGAGAGUGCUGCCUCCCAGCCUGCCAAUGUCCACAAAAGUUUCAACGAGGUCCUGAGGACCUUGUCCUAAUGGUAAAAUAAAUCCAAACUAAAUGUUGGAAGAACAUUAACACUGACCUUACUUGAAGACAGAGAUGUUCUACAUUUCUUACAGUGCCUGCACUUUUAUAUCAAUAAAGAGCAAGUCCUUAAAAAUUAGGAGCUCUUAUUCUUAUCUCAGUGAGAUUUCCUCUGGUACAGAAGCAUGGACAUUUAUAUCAUACUGACAUCAGGUCUUACACACACUCAGCCUGCUCUCUUUGCACUUUGAAAUGCUAACUCAUUAUCAUGAUAAAAUAUAUGAGUUUUACAUUUUACCAUCCCAUGAUUGUCAUUGCUUUAUCCAGGAUCUGAACAUGUACUGUAGACAAAUCAGAGACAUUAUAGCAGAAUGUAAAAUUGAAAUGCACAAAAAGAACAAGAGGAAGACAGGGACCUGAAGAGUGUAUAUUUUUGCUGUUUCAUCAAAUGUGAUGUAAUAUUUUUAAAAUGUCUGAUGUAGAUGUUUUGUGAAUUGAGAUUAACAAGAAUAAUACAGAAUACUUUUGUACAGCUCAAAUGUGUAUUUGCACAGUAUUAGCUUAAUAUGUAAUCGUAUGCUGUAUAAUGGUACAGUGUAUAAUUUAUCUAUUGUGUAUUGGUUUUAAUCCUGUUAAUGAUUUACUGAAUUGGUACCAUCUGAUUGUUUUUUUCCACUUGUAGUUGUUUUUUUUUUGUUUGUUUGUUUUUUGCAUGACCAAAAUUUACUGGUGGAAUCAAAACUGACUAUUUUUGUUAAAGACACAUAUAUGUACGCUAAUGCCUAGAUCAAGGCUGGAUAUGAACUUGUUCUCCCUGAUGAGGAUCAUGUGAAUAGAGGAGGUGAGUUUUGCUCCUGUUGCCUGAGAAACAGUGAAGGCCCAGGUCUGAUUCUGUCUCAGUAUGUAGUGCCAGUCUUCAAGUAGCCUUUUAACUCAUCUAUGGUUAAAUUAUACUGAACCUGUUUGUGAACAAGCGCAAAACAACAGAUUGAUAUAUAAAUAAA